CCUUAUUUUCCACCACAACAAAGGCGGCGCUAUUGUAUUAACUUUGUCAUCUAACUUCCGGCUGAAUGAGUACUAGCCAUAUUUCAGAAAGCAAAUAUGUCGAGUAUUGUAUGCUCAGCUAGGGGCUGUCAUAACAAUUGGAUUAAGAGAAGAGAACAAUUGCACCAACAAUGUUAUGAACACAAAGUGAAGCGGUUGGAGUGUUGUGGUGCGUCUUACAAUUUACACCCACCACCUAAAGAUGAGGAGCACCUGAGGCAGUGGCUAAAGGCGCUAAACUUGAAGCGCCCACCUAAGCGCCCUUAUGUUUGUUCGUUCCAUUUCACGGACGGAAAGCCGACUGACGAACACCCCUAUCCCGAAAAAUGGCUCGGUUACGAUGUUACUGAAAAGAAACCACGCCGGUUGCUGGAAAGGUUGUCAGAUUCAGAUGCAUCGAUGAGCGUCAGUGAUGCAGUGGACAAAUCUGCGAAUAAUACCAUCCCCUUGCGCUUGCACUGGGAUGCAGCAACACAAUGGGAAGAUCCAUCUCUCUAUGACCACAACUACACUUUAAAACCGCAACUCAACUUGAUACCACCUACAUCUGUAAUGGAAACACAGUGUGUUGAGCCAGCGCCAUUGUAUGUAACUCUGCUAAGAAAUAACCAGCUUUGUCAGCUCUACACAGGAUUGAUAUUGGAUGUAUUUUAUUCAGUUGCCGAUCACCUUACAAAUACAUACACCAACAGCUUCCAGCUACACCCUUGGGAUCAGCUCCUAAUGACUCUAAUGAAGCUGCGUCUUAAUUUGUUACAGGGUGAUCUUGCUGAAAGGUUUGGUGUUUCUCAGUCCAUUGUAAGCAAGGUGAUUUCAUGUUGGAUUGACAUCAUGGAGGAAAACAUGAGGUACUACAUGCCAUGGCUUCCCAGGGAGACAAUCCAGGCAACAAUGCCUCAGUAUUUCAAAGAACAAUUUCCAAAUACAACAUGUGUGAUCGACUGUUCGGAGACACCCCUUCAAAAGCCAUUCAACCUUGACGCGAGAGAUGAGUCCUACAUCCAUUACUAUGGCCAGAGCACCAUCAAAUACCUGGUCUGUGUUGCACCAUGUGGACUGAUCAUGUUCAUUUCACCAGCGUAUGAGGGAAAGUGCAGUGAUGCAUUUAUAACGGCUAAUUCAGGAUUACUGGAAUAUCUUGGCCCAGGCGAUGAAGUAAUAGCAGACCGAGGCUUCACCAUUACCGAUCUUCUCGAUGAAAAGAAGGUCAAACUUGUCGUUCCAGCAUUCACCAAGAAAGACAUGCAACUCUCUGAAGAAGACAACACUAACAAUAGGCACAUUAUGGAUGCACUUGUCCACGUUAAGCGGGUCAUAUGCCAACUGAAAAACUUCAAAGUCCUUUCUCAAACAGUUUCAAUUAACCUCAUUCCUAAAAUAAAUCAAAUUUUGAGGAUUUGUGCAGCCUUGUGUAACCUUCAAAAUGACAUCAUUUCUGAUGUAGAGGAUGAGUAAGUGUUGCUUUGUAAGUGUUCCAUCAUCUGUUGAUACAUUUUGAUUUAUUUUGCUGUGGUUUUGCUUUAAUUUAAGUGUAAAUAAUACAAGUAGUUAUUUUGUGACCAGAUGCUUGUAAAUAUAGUUAUUUUUCCUUUACAAUGUGACAAAUGUUGCAUGUUGUCAAUACAGUUAUUUUUAUAAAAAUUUCGUUACCUGGACUCCAUUCCAUUCUUUACCAUACAGAUAAGAGAUUUGACAAGAUACUUGGUCAAUACUUUGUCUGCAAAUGGUUAUCAGGUCAGCAGCUGUGUAUGUCACAAACACACAUGUUAAAUAUAUUUAAGUUUAUAGAUUUGUAACAUACGUGUUAACAACACAAACGUUGAUAUUAUCAUAAACAAUGCAUGAUCUAAAAGCCUAUUUAGGUUUGAACAUUGCAAACACAAUUUUUUCUGCUCUAAAGAUGGGAAUUAUAACAUGGGGUCUAUGGGAAUUGAUUCCUUUUUGCGGCAAUAGUUUACUCUUUAUUUUUUUGUACAUUUUUUACACAUUUAUGAAAAGUCACUUGAUUGAUGGACAAAAAAAGAAACAAGGGCAACAUUGUCAUGACUGCAACCUUCUUAAAACUGAUGCCAUUAAUCCGAGGACGUAAAAGCUGUUUCUACAGUACAGUAACCCGCAGCGGUAUUAUAAAUGAGUUGAUGAACCAUGGUUUAAACACGUACCGGUACGUUUCAGAUUUUAACCGAGAACUGUUACACCCCUAAUCGUGAGCAUCAAACACUAUUGUUUCAUCCUUCUUAUGUAAACCUUGUGCAUGCCUAAGACAACUGAGAAAGAGUUCAAUCUCAACAUAACACCAACAUUACAGUCAAGAUGUACCCCCCCAAAAUUAAAUAACACAUUAACUCAUUCCCCGCCAGCCUUUUUUUUUGAAAGUGGGGGCUGUAACGAUUUAUUAUGCAAAUGAAUGUUUUCUCAAUGAAUGAAUUUUAAUGAAUUACGGUAAAAUCCUGGCACAUCCCAAAACCAGGGGGCGCUCUCGUGCAGAAACUCCCUUUGUGUCACAGAAGAAGUAGCAUUA